AGCGUGUGGAUUGGCUAACUGAACACAUCAAUGGCGAUGGGAAAGACUGACAAUGUAACGCUGUAACAAACUAGUAUCUUAGAUACCGUCUCUGCAUUGUAACGUAUUGUAGCACUUGCAGUCAAUACGAAGAAUACAUGCAGCUACACAUUUGGUUGCUUUCGAUAAUGACAAUUGUUAUAUAUUUUGAGCGAAGGAACACGAAUUAUGGUUUAGUCAGUAAUGUAUUGUGUGUGCGUGAAUGUGUAUGAUCACGUGUUUAAUGCGACCGCCUUCAAGACUGGUUCAAACUCGUAUCUAUCCACGGACGACAUCCUUAUUGAAAUUCACAAGUCACUGCAGCAGUUUUGCUUUGACUGACAGAGCGAUACAGCAUUCCACUUGGAACCCCUUGUGGACAAAGAUAUUCUCGUGCUAUGGGUAGUCUCUGUCUCCUAAGAAGUCUGUGUCUCCCCCGCCAGGUCGGCCUACCAUUGGUCAUGCAUAGGCAAUACAGCCUCGAUAUUUCCGCUCAGCUUCUCCGAACGCAGGGCUAUGUGAACGGGCAAUGGAUCAAUGCUCCCUCUACCUUCCCAGUGCUGGACCCAGCGACGGGGGAAGAGAUUGCGAACGUCGCCGACUGCGGUCCAGCAGAAGCUAAACUAGCUGUCGACGCAGCCUACAAGGCAUUCUACUCCUGGAAGCAACACACAGCGAAGGAAAGAAGUGUCCUUCUACGGAAAUGGUACGAUCUGUUGACGUUGAACAAGGAGGACCUUGCUAAGCUGAUCACCUUUGAGUGUGGCAAGCCCAUGAAGGAGUCUCUGGGGGAGAUUGCUUACGCUGCUGGCUUCCUGGAAUGGUUCUCUGAGGAGGCACGCCGUGUCUACGGGGAUGUUGUGCCCUCGGCUGCGAAGGACCGUAGGAUCCUACUGCUCAAACAACCUGUGGGUGUGGCCUCAAUCAUCACUCCGUGGAACUUCCCCAGUGCUAUGAUCACCAGGAAAGUGGGUGCUGCCCUGGCCGCAGGCUGCACCGUCGUGGUGAAACCUGCCGAGGACACACCCCUCUCUGCCCUGGCGCUCGCUGAGCUGGCGAGUCAGGCCGGGAUCCCUGCAGGGGUGUUUAACGUGGUGCCCUGCUCCAGAGAGAAGACCCCCUCCGUUGGGACAGUCCUCUGCACAGACCCCCUGGUGGGGAAGGUCUCCUUCACUGGAUCCACUGCCACUGGAAAGAUUCUCUUGAAGCUCGCCGCCGACACCGUCAAGAGGGUUUCAAUGGAGCUGGGUGGCCAUGCCCCCUUCAUUGUGUUUGACAGUGCGGAUGUGGACAAGGCUGUGGCGGGAGCCAUGAACUCCAAGUUCAGGAACUCGGGACAGACAUGUGUCUGCUCCAACCGCUUCCUGGUCCAGAGUAGGAUCCACGAUUGCUUCAUAGAGAAGUUGGGGAAGGCCAUGGAUGCAGAGCUCCGUCUGGGCCACGGCUCUGACCCAAACACCACCCAGGGACCCCUCAUCAAUGUCCGUGCCUCUGAGAAGGUGGAGCACCAGGUAAUGGAUGCAGUGUCGCGGGGGGCCAAGGUGCUAAGGGGGGGGAAGCGCCUGGACGGCUCGUUCCAUCAGCCCACUCUGCUGGCUGAUGUCACCACAGACAUGCUAUGUACCAGAGAGGAAACCUUCGGUCCACUCCUGCCUGUCAUCAGGUUUAGCACAGAGGAGGAAGCACUUGCCAUUGCCAAUGCAUCUCAUGUGGGUUUAGCAGGGUACUUCUUCUCCCAGGACGUCAGUCAGAUCUGGCGGGUGGCGGAGAAUCUGGAGGUAGGCAUGGUGGGGGUGAACGAGGGUCUCCUCUCCACCCCAGAGGCCUCCUUCGGCGGGGUCAAGCAAUCAGGCCUGGGCCGUGAGGGCUCCAAGUACGGCAUCGAGGAGUACCUGGACGUCAAGUACAUGUGCUUUGGAGGGCUAACCCCCUGAGGGAACACUACACCCCCCCCAACUCCUGGACUUCCCCAAGUAGGAAGCGGUGAAUUUGGGAAAAGGGAGGAUUCUUAGGCUCUAGUAACAGUUACUUACUCAUAUUUAACAUAAAAAAACAACAAUGGAUGACAAUCAUCAAAUAUGAUUCCUUCACAAAUUAUUGUGAUUCUGAUCCUCAUCCUCAUUGAGAGCCUUCAUCACUGCCGAGAAAUCCAUGUUCCAUGCUCUACAUGGUUUUCUCUCCUUAUCCUCUCUGACCACUGGCCAAUAAGAACUGGUGAAGGGAAAGCAAUAUGGUGACAACCCAAACCAGUUAUCCAUGUUAGUUAAAGACCUAGUGCAGUCUAAAACAUGAAUUUCCAGUUUUUUUUAUAUAUUUCCACAUUAAGCUUGAAUCAGUUUUGUGAAAAAGGUGAUCAUGCCCUUUUUUAGUUUAAGAGCUGUUUGGAAAGACCGCCUGAAGUUAUUGCCUGCCUGGUGAUAUCACCAGAUGGUAAAUUGGUUAAAAGACCAAUAAGAAAGAGUUCUAAACCUCUCUGCCAAUAACCACUCAUUUUCAGUUUCCCCUUCCUCACUCAGGCCACUCCUAGCCAAUCUUAGCAAAAUUCUUGUUUGAGAAAUUGCUCUUUGCUAAGAAGCUAUUUUUUUCCCUUUGUUUUCAAUUUAAAUGUUUGAAAUCACAGUAAGGUACUUGUUACCCAGAUAACUUUUUAAGGGUAGCCCCUUUUAAAAAAGAGGAUCGGAAGCCACAAUAGUAUUUGGACAUAACCCAAUAGACGUCUCCAACCUGUGGGAUCCCAUAACGAUUUGGACCUUUAGGGCUGAAUCAUAUGUUGAGAUACAAAUGAACAAAUGUGUGUUCUCAGUGUAGGAUUGGGCCCUGAAUGUGAAGCACUAUAUAACUUGAACUUGAAGCCUAGCAUAGAGUUGGGUAGAUUUAAUAAGCACAUCAAUUGCAAAUACUGAGAUUAUUGAUACGCACAAGGGACUUGUGUUUUUAAUAGGAAGAUUAUUUAUAAUUUGGCUAUUUUCUAGAAAAGGGAGCUUGGCUGUAUCCAGAUCCCAGCUGUAUUAGAUAUGUCACUUGAUAAUAGUGUGGUGAAAUUAUGAAUGACACUAUUUUGGUAACCGUUGAGGAAUAGCCUUGUUGGGCUAAGCAGUUAGAAUGAAAUGUACUGUGUAACAUCCUCUGUAAAUCGUUAACUGUCCUAACUACUAAAAACUAUUGUAGACCAUGCCACUACAUUGGUACAGGUUAUAUUGUUGUUGGUAACUAGUCUUCCCACAUACAAUAUAUUAUCCAGUAGAGCUGCCUUUGAUAUUCAGACAGUUUGUACCACUUAUGUUCUGUAUCUGAACCUGCAAUGUAAAUGUUGUCGUAUUCUCUGAAACUGAAGUAAUGUCUCUUGCCAAACAAGUGCCGUUUGAAUAAUUUUACCAAUUCUGUUUUCUGGUUGUGACACUCAUUGUAAAAAAAAAUAUUUCUAACUAUUGUAAAUAUUAAUGGAGUACUUCAGAAAAUGUAAAAUAAAUGACUGUUACUUUGUUUGUCAAACAAUA